AUGGCCAAGCUCGUGGAAUGCGUCCCCAACUUCUCAGAGGGGAAUAACAAAGAGGUGAUCGAUGCAGUGGCACAGGCCAUCUCCCGGACACUGGGAUGUGUGCUGCUGGAUGUGGAUGCCGGCGCCUCCACCAACCGCACCGUCUACACCUUUGUUGGGUCCCCUGAGGCCGUGGUGGAAGGGGCAUUGAGCGCAGCCCGUGUGGCUGGGCAGCUCAUUGACAUGAGCCAACACUCGGGUGAACACCCUCGGAUGGGGGCCUUGGAUGUCUGCCCCUUUGUGCCAGUGAGGAAUGUCAGCAUGGAGGAGUGUGUCACUUGUGCCCACAUCUUCGGGCAGCGCUUGGCAGCAGAGCUGGGUGUACCUGUUUACCUGUAUGGAGCGGCAGCACGGCAUGAGAGCAGGAAAGCCCUGCCCUCCAUCCGUGCUGGGGAGUACGAGGCGCUCCCUGAGAAGCUUGCAAAACCAGAGUGGGCUCCUGAUUUUGGGCCCCCAACCUUUGUCCCCCGGUGGGGAGCCACAGUGACGGGUGCCCGGACCUUCCUUAUUGCGUACAACAUCAACCUGCUGUGCACCAAGGAGCAGGCUCACCGCAUUGCCCUCAACAUCCGUGAGCAAGGCCGCGGCCCCAGCCAGCCCGGGCGCUUGAAGAAGGUGCAGGGUAUCGGCUGGUAUUUGGAGGAGGAGAACAUGGCCCAGGUUUCGACGAACCUGCUGGACUUUGAGACCACACCGCUCCACACCAUCUACGAGGAGAUUUGCCGAGAUGCACAGGAAUUGAAUCUCCCUGUGGUGGGGUCUCAGCUGGUAGGGCUCGUUCCCAAGAAGGCCAUGCUGGAUGCAGCUGACUUUUACAUCAAGAAGGAAAAACUCUUCAUCCUGGAGGAGGAACAGAAGAUCAGGCUGGUGGUCAGUCGUCUGGGCCUGGACUCCCUGUCUCCAUUUCACCCCCGGGAGCGCAUCAUUGAGUACUUGGUGGAGGCAGGAGAGGUGGACGGGGGGCUGGUGGCCAAGCCACUGGGUGCCUUUGUGCGAGCAGUCGGAGCGAGGUCAGCAGCACCGGGAGGAGGCUCCGUGUCUGCAGCUGUGGGAGCCCUGGGAGCAGCGCUGGGCAGCAUGGUGGGGCUGAUGAGCUACGGGAAGCGGCAGUUUGAGGACCUGGACCCCAUCAUGAGGAAGCUGAUCCCCCCUUUCCACCAGGCCAUGGAGGAACUAGUGGCAAUGGUGGAUGCAGACUCCCGUGCCUUCAGCAGCUACAUGGAAGCCAUGAAGCUGCCCAAGAACACCCCUGAGGAGCAGGAGAGGCGCACAGCUGCCAUGCAGCAGGGGCUGAAGACAGCUGUAGGGGUGCCCUAUGGCCUGGCAGAGAAGGUGAACGGGCUCUGGCCUGCUCUGAAGGAGCUGGCACGACACUGCAACCUGGCCUGCAAAUCUGACAUCCAGGUGGGAGCCAAAAUGCUGGAAGCGGCAGUGUUCGGAGCUUACUUCAAUGUCAUGAUCAACCUCAAGGACGUCCCUGACGACAAGUUCAGGCUUGUGAUGUCACAGAAGGUGUCUGGGCUGCUGGAAGAGGCAAAGCAAGGCUCGGCAGUCGUGCUGGCGCUGCUGGACAAGCGGGUGGCCUGA